AUGACGAAUUACUCUAGCAUUACUGAUGGGAACGCAAAUUCGAUUGCGUCUGGAAGCUCCGGCGAAAUGUCACGACAACGUCGAAGGAACGGAAAGGAGGGGGGAGGCCAGGCCUCGAUGCUGAGCAGCGUGAUCAACCUGCUUAAUACUAUCGUUGGCGCCGGGACCUUGGCCAUGCCAUCGGUAGUUUCACACAUGGGCUGUAUGUUUGGUGUGUUGAUGAUAAUGUGGUCUGGACUCACGGCCGCUUUUGGCCUGUAUCUUCAGUCUCGCUGCGCCCGCUACCUCGAUCGCGGGACAUCGUCCUUCUUCGCCAUUUCCAAGAUUACGUACCCGAACGCCGCCAUCAUCUUCGACACUGCCAUUGCGAUUAAGUGCUUCGGUGUCGGCGUUUCCUACAUGAUCAUCAUUGGCGACUUGAUGCCCAAGGUCUUCAUCGGCUUAUUCGCUGGUGCGGUCGCUGAGAACCCGUACCUGGGCGAGAGGAACUUCUGGAUUACUGCCUUUAUGCUAGUCAUUAUUCCUCUGAGUUUUUUGAAGAAGCUCGACUCGCUCAAGUACACCAGUAUCGUUGCUCUGGUCUCCAUCGGCUACCUCGUCAUUCUGGUCAUCUACCACUUCUCUACGGACCGACUCAAAGACAUGAGCGAGAUCCGAGUUGUUGAGCCCGAAAGCGCUGUCGCAUUCCUCAGCACAUUGCCCGUGGUCGUCUUUGCGUACACAUGUCACCAGAACAUGUUUGCCAUCUUGAACGAGAUCAAGGACAACUCUCCCGGUAGCGUCAUUGGAGUUGUUGGCACCAGCAUCGGCACGGCCGCCUCGAUUUACACCGUUGUUGCCAUCACUGGGUACCUAACAUUUGGCAACGCGGUUAAGGGCAACAUUGUCAUGAUGUACUCUGCGACUGCCGCUUCAUACAUCGGUCAGCUUGCCAUAGUGGUGCUCGUCACUUUCUCCGUCCCUUUGCAGGUCCAUCCCUGCCGCGCCUCUGUGGAUGCUAUCCUCAAGUGGCGCCCUAACCGUGGGUCGAACGGCAACGGUCGGUCCACCUCUCCGGGCGGCCGUCCGCUGCUACCCUCGGCGGUUUCUGUUCGCUCUGAUCACGGAUCCAGCUCUUCCAUGGGAGAGACCCGAUUCGCAAUCUUGACCUCUGUCAUCCUCAUUCUUUCAUAUGUCACCGCUCUCUCAGUUCACAGCCUCGAGAGAGUCUUGGCCUACGUUGGAAGCACUGGCUCAACCAGCAUAAGCUUCAUCCUUCCCGGCCUGUUCUAUUACAAGAUUAGCGAUCCCAAUAGCGUCCAUCAACAACGUCUUCACAAAGAGGAUGACGACGCCGAUGUUCCCUCCGAUGAAGAAGACGCGGAUCCGAUGGUUACCAGCAUCGCGAGUCUUGGCAGCGUUGCCAGCGUCGUUGCGGAUCCUCGCCAGUGGAAGCGCAAGUGGCGUUGGGAUCUCGAGCACCUUGAGCAAGACGCCCUGCGCAAGAUGGCCCUGGCCCUUGCCAUCUAUGGCGUGUGUGUUAUGGUGGUCUGCCUUUUUAUGAACAUUGUGUUCCAUGCAUCUCACUAA